UUCCCUUUGUUGUAUUGCACUUGGGUGUUCUAGCCAGCACACCGAAAAAAAAAUUCUGGGCUCUUUCCUUGAAUUUCACUGAAGCCAUAAAACCAAACUCAUUCACUAGACUUUUUAUACACAAAUCAAGAAAAAAGCAGUUCCAAUUCCCUCUUGGUGCUUCGUGCUCCAUCUCUUCCAAUUGAUGGAUCAAGACGACGACGAAGCAGGAACAACGAACCUCAGCACCAGCGACGCCGACGUGGCAGAGAAAGAAACCACAAACAACCUCAAUGGAGUCCCCAAACAGAACAACGCGUUUGAAGAAACAACAGGUUUUCAAGUCUUGCCGCUGAAAAAGGAGGAGCCAACAUAUUCGGACCCUGACACGGAGAUUGUUCCGGUCAAACUGCCAAAGCGCUCCUCCACGAAGGACCGCCACACCAAAGUGGAAGGGCGCGGCCGCAGGAUCCGAAUACCCGCCACCUGCGCCGCGCGGAUCUUCCAGCUCACCCGAGAGCUCGGCCACAAGUCCGACGGCGAGACCGUCCGGUGGCUCCUGGAGCACGCCGAGCCGGCCAUCAUCGAGGCCACCGGCACCGGCACAGUUCCGGCCAUCGCGGUCUCCGUCGGCGGCGCGCUCAAAAUCCCAACCACCUCAUCCAACUCCAACGAGGAAGCCGCCGCCGCCGCCGCCGCCGCCGCCUCCUCCAACAAGAAGCGGAAACGCCCCUCUAACAGCGAGUUCGUGGACAUAAACAUAAACAUAAACGACGCCGUUUCAAAGUCGUCCGGUCUGGCCCCGGUUCAUGUGCCGCAGGGCCUGGUCCCGGUCUGGGCCGUAAGUAACCCCAGCAUGGUGAUCCCCGCUAACACUUUCUGGAUGAUCCCUCAGGCCGCGACCACACCUAACCCCUCGGGUGGAGUAGCGGGCCCUGCAAGCCAGCAGCCUCAGUUAUGGGCCUUAUCUCCCUCCGUGUUCAACGUCGCCGCCAGGCCCAUAUCGCCUCUGGUUACAACCAAUAUUCCAGAAGCCCGGCCCGUUAUGACGGCCUGCAGUAACGGUUCCAACUCCGCCGUUAGCACGAGCACGGUGGGGGCUAAGCUGGCAACGAAAUCCAGCAUGGCACCCAGUGUUAGUUCUAGCGGAACCAAGAGUGGCAAGACUCAAAUGUUAAGGGAUUUUUCGCUUGAAAUUUGCGAUAAACAAGAGUUACAGCUCUUGGGCCGCUCUGGGACUCACGCGCAGAGUUAGAUGCUAAUCCACGACUAGGAACCUUUGUUUUUUCUUUUUUUUUGUGACAAAUUUCUCUCGAGUUGAAUAAAUGUGACGGUGUGCAAAUAAACGAGAGUCACAAUUGUUUGUGAAAAAUUGUGCUGGAUUUGCAACUUUGGUUCAAUUUUUAAACUCGGUAGUCUACUUUGAUUAGAUUAAUAUACUCUUACCUGCUGCAUAUGGUUUUGUGUGA